GCCUCUCGGUUUGUUGUUAUUCUUAACACAAAGACGUCAUGGCUGAACUAGAAAAUAUUAAUCCUAGUGUUUAUAAAAAGACAGAAGAGCGACCUUUAACUGAAAAUGAGUUGAAUGAAGACGUUGUUGAUCCUAUUGAUGAGAGAGAAGUUUUUGACUUAAUACGAGACAUCAAUGACCCCGAGCAUCCAUUGACACUUGAAGAACUUCAUGUUUUAGAGCAGAGCAGAGUUACUGUAAAUAAUGAGAGAGGAGAAGUUUUUGUUAACUUUACUCCUACAAUUCCACAUUGUUCAAUGGCAACUUUAAUAGGAUUAAGCAUAAGAGUGAAGUUACUCAGAGCUCUUCCACCUCGUUUUAAAAUAUCUGUUGAGAUAACACCAGGAACACAUUCAUCUGAAAACGCAAUCAAUAAGCAACUCAAAGAUAAGGAACGUGUUGCUGCCUCGCUUGAAAACAGUCAUCUUAUGCAAGUAGUUAACGAAUGCAUUAGCAUAACAAAGCAAAGUCAAUAAAAUCUGCUAUCAUAC